AUCUUUGUAUGCUUUGAUAAUGCAUCAACCGAACCGAUGAGGAUUCAAUAGCAACUUUCGAUUUCACAAACGGCGCGCAUUCUACCGUUCACAUUCCAUUCGAGAACAUUGUUAACUGCUAUGGAUCGCUGGUCCGGUAAAGUAGCCGUGGUUACGGGUUCCAGUUCCGGAAUCGGUGCCGCAAUAGCAAAGAAACUGGUCCAAGCUGGUAUGUCAGUGGUUGGUUUGGCUCGCCGAGUAGAACGCACAGAAGCGUUGAAAAGUGCUCUGGAUGAAUCCAUCCGCCAUCGUUUGCAUGCGGUGAAGUGUGAUGUCACUAAGGAGGAAGAUAUACUCCUAUCCUUUAAAUGGAUCGAAAAAACGCUGGGAGGGAUCGACGUCCUGGUCAACAACGCUGGAAUUUACAGAGCAACGAAGUUGGUAAACGUCGACAACAGCAAAAUGAUACGGGAAGUGUUGGACACGAACGUGCUAGGGCUGAUCUUCUGUACCAGAGAGGCCUUUCAAUCUAUGAAGAAACGAUCGAUGGAUGGUCAUAUAUUCCAUAUCAAUAGCGAGGCGGGGCACAAGAGUGGUUUGCCAGAUUUGAAUAUCUACGGUGCUUCUAAGUUUGCUGUUACAGCCCUUACGGAGAUAAUGCGGCAGGAAUUUGCAGCAGAAGGAACGAAAAUCAAAAUUACGAGUAUCAGCCCUGGAAUGGUCAGAACGGAAAUUUUACCCGCAUCCAUCACAUCGCAGAGUGUAAUACCCUUGCUGGAACCAGAGGAUAUUGCUGAUGCCAUUAUAUACGCCCUGAGCACACCACCGCGCGUCCAGGUGCAUGAGCUCACGAUUAAACCAGUUGGAGAAAGUUUCUAAUAAAAUAAUGUUGAUCAUUAGUGAUUUGUAGUUUAUGAGUUCAAUGAAAAAUAAAUAUUUGUAAUUAAACUGA